AUGUGGACCUGUGCGGACCCAUUGGACGAACCGAUGGACAGAAUGUCUGUUGAGUCCAAUAUAAGGCGUUCGUCACCAAUGAAGAGGUCGACGAUGUUAUUGAAUAAACUGAUGCACGCCUUGCAUAAGGCGCUCGACAAUGAGAAUGAAGAGGUGGACAAAGACACACCCGAUCCCGAUAUAGUGCCAGUAGUUGUCGACAACUAUCCAAUGGAUUUACACCGAAGAGGCGAAGAUAGGAUGACUCGCUAUUGGCGCUGCUAUUUCAAUGCCGUCUCUUGUUUUUAAUGUUUCGGGCCAUCCGUCGGACAUAUACUCUAUUAUUCCCAUUAUUUUCAUUAUCAAAACUAAUUUUAGUCUAAUUUCCU